AACCCGGAAGUAGUAGUCUUCACCGCGAAAUAUCAACAACACGAACAGCCUGUCAGAGUUCGAAAUUAUGUUAAAUUAGUCUUUUAAAACAGUUUAAAGUACUUUUUCAGGAUUAAAUGUAAUAACUGAGUUAGUUUAAAGUGUUUAUUAUAAGUAUAGUAGUAUAAGUAAAGUAUAUAUUUAGUGUUAGUUGUCUGUAAUGCAGAGGAGUAAAGCCUCCGUGGAGGUGAAGCAGGUGAUCGGUUCUCUCUGCAGGCUGCUCACGGCCUCAGGGCUUGAGGCUGUCCCAGCUCCGGAGACCUUCAGGCGGGCGAAAUUCAGUGGUGGACCCGAGGUGGAGGAUCAGUUUUUGCAGCUCCUCGCCAACAUCCUGCAGACAGCGGGAGUUGUUUCUCAUGAGGCGCAGGCUCAGCUUGGAGGAGAGCCCCAUAAGCUUGUAGCUGCUGGUCUCUGGCAGACUGGUUACCAUGCAGACUGGAUGUUCAUGGAGGAAGAAGGUGAUGGAGGAGAAGGAGGGCGAUGCUCCAGCAGAGAGCUCCUCCUGGCUCUGGGCUGGCUGCUCGCUGCAGGAACUCUGGAGACCCUGGUGACACAGAGGGUGCAAAAACUGGACAGAACACUGUUUACACCUCCACCUGUGAGCUCUGGGUUUUCAAACAAGCCUCAGGUCGACUCGUCAUCUCUGAGGAGACUUCAGUGGCUCGUCGGCUCUCUGAGGCAUCAGGGCCGGAUCCUGCUGUCCAUGCAAGAGGAGCGAACUCGCUUACUUCAUGCUGUUUUUCUUGCCAGCCUCUCCUCCUCUCCGCCGUCCUCUCAACAAAACUCAGCAGCACUGAAGGAGGACUGUGUGUGUGUGCGGCUGCUGUGCGACCUGUUGGAGUCGUAUCUGAACUGGAAGCAGGCGGAGAAAGUCUUCUGGACCUGGAUGGACAGUGUGUUGGACUGCUACCUGACAGAUCCGAUGGUUAUCAAGAAGCCGACUCAAACGCUCAGACGGAGCACAAGAAGAGUGUGCCAUCAUGGAAACCGGGGACUCGAGGAAAUGGAGGACAUGCUCCGGAGACUGCCUACAGGACAGAAAGGACAGAGGAGAAGCAGAGAGGCUGCAGCAGACAGAGGAGAAGGAGGACAGAGGAAGGUUCUGCAAUCAGGAUCAGAAACCUCCUUACCCCCCUUCCCCUCCAUGCACACCUUUCCUCAGGUGUACCGAGCCCGACUCCAGUCCGCGGGUCCGGUCAAACGCAGCAGCCGACCAGCAGACGGUGGUGCUGAGGCCGCAGACGAGCUCCCUGCGUCUCAGGCCGCUCGGCUGCUGCUUCAGACGGAGGCUCUGCUGCUGGAGAGGAGGGACGCACGCAGACUGACCAACGGGAUGCAGCUGCAGGAGAUCGUCAGCAGGCGGGAUGAGCUGGUGUUAAUACCCCCGUGAAGUGUUUGGAAGAGUUCUGAUAAUAAUGAAGAUGAUUUAUUUAUUAAAAAAUAAACACAAUAUGAUGUCA